CCCCCCUCCCGGCUCUCCCUCUUAGUCUCGCCCAACGGACAUGGUCGACGCCAUCCCCGCGCCGUCGGUUGCGCCCCUGCAUGCGGGCUCGGCGUCGGUGCGCUCGCGACGCCGGGCGGCCGCGCGCGCCGCCCGCGCGGCCUCCGGCGCCGCCGGGGCCAAUGCCGCCGCCGAUCAAAUCACCUCCGAGCGACUGGCCACCGCCUGUGACACCAUCAUCCGGGAGAUGAUCGCAUCCGUCGAGGCCGGUCGGAAUGUCAACCUCAAUGCCUUGAAGUCUCGCGUCUCCCGCGACAUGGGCCUCGCCUCGCAGCCGAAGUUGGUGGACCUGAUUGCGGCCAUCCCGGCCGCGCACCGGGCGGCCCUCCUACCGCGCCUGCGUGCGAAGCCCAUCCGCUCGGCAUCCGGCGUCGCCGUCGUGGCCGUCAUGUGCAAGCCCCACCGCUGCCCCCACAUCGCCCUCACCGGGCACAUUUGCGUCUACUGCCCCGGUGGCCCGGACUCCGACUUCGAGUACAGCACCCAAUCGUACACCGGCUACGAACCGACCAGCAUGCGCGCCAUCCGGGCACGCUACGAUCCCGGGGCCCAGGUGGCCGGUCGCGUGGCGCAACUUCGCGGCCUCGGGCACAAUGUCGACAAGGUGGAGUUUGUCCUCAUGGGCGGCACCUUCAUGUCCCUGCCGCUGGCCUACCGGAAUGCCUUCAUUCGAGACCUUCAUGAUGCCCUGACCGGGCGGUCUUCCAGCACCGUGCAAGAGGCCGUGGCCCUGGCCGAGCACAGCCGCGGGGCCAAGUGCGUCGGCUUGACGAUCGAGACUCGGCCGGACUACUGCCUCGGCGCGCACCUCGGCCAGAUGCUGACAUACGGCUGCACCCGGCUGGAGAUCGGCGUCCAGAGUGUCUACGAGGACGUGGCCCGGGACACCAAUCGCGGCCACACGGUCCAGGCCGUGUGCGAGUCCUUCGAGAUGUCCAAGAAUGCCGGCUUCAAGGUGGUGGCCCAUAUGAUGCCCGACCUGCCGAACGUCGGCUGGGAGCGCGACUACGAACAGUUUGUGGAGUUCUUCUCCAACCCUGCCUUCCGGCCGGAUGGUCUGAAGCUCUACCCGACGCUGGUCAUCCGUGGCACCGGGCUGUAUGAGCUCUGGCGCACUGGGCGCUAUAAGAACUACCCGCCCGAUGUGCUGGUCGACCUGACCGCUCGGAUUCUGUCUCUCGUCCCGCCUUGGACCCGUGUAUACCGUGUUCAGCGUGACAUUCCCAUGCCCCUGGUGUCCUCCGGUGUGGAGCACGGCAACCUCCGCGAGUUGGCUCUGGCCCGAGUGCGCGAGCUCGGCCUGGCCUGCCGCGAUGUGCGCACCCGUGAAAUCGGCAUUGCCACCAUCCGGGACUCGGUUAACCGCAUUCGUGGCCAGGCUCCGAUCCCGAGCGAGGCCGACCGCGCGGCGGCCCUUGACCAGGCCGCCGCCCGUGCCGAGGCCCGGCCUGUGUGCGAGCUCAUCCGGCGUGACUACACCGCCAACGGCGGAUGGGAGACCUUCCUCUCGUACGAGGAGACCGAGCGCGAUGUCCUGGUUGGCCUCCUGCGCCUGCGCAAGUGUGGCCCCUCGACAACCGGCCCGGAGCUCACCCUGCCGGAGGGCGGCUACAGUUCCGCGCACGAUCUCGAACAUGGUGCCGCCUGGGGCGGUGUGUCCAUCGUCCGAGAGCUCCAUGUGUACGGCGAUGCUGUGGCCGUUCACGACCACGGGGCUGGGCGUUCCAAUGCCGGCGUUUCACCGGACGAGGCCGUGUCGGCCGGUGCGCCUCAACAACACCGCGGUUUUGGAGCCAUGCUGCUGGCGGAGGCGGAGCGCAUCGCUCGCGAUGAGCACCGCGCCCGCAAGCUGGCCAUCAUUGCCGGCAUCGGGACCCGGCACUACUACCGGCGCCUGGGCUACGAGCUCGAUGGGCCCUACAUGAGCAAGUGGCUGGCCCCGCCGGCCGAGCUGGCUGGCCCGACUGACUUGCUUCCCGAGGGCGACUCCCUUCGUGAGGAGGAUUUCCUUGUAGAUGCCCUUUGAGUGUGCAAACACCGUGAGCACGAGGGGCUUGAAGGAAAUCCCGAAAAAUAGACCACCGAAGCAUAGGCAAGA